AUGAACAACAAACAGAGCUGCCAUCGGUGCGGCAAAAAGGUUUAUCCGACCGAUAAAGUGGGACCGCUCAAAGAUUCGACGUUUUUUCAUCAAGGCUGCUUCAAAUGCUACAUCUGCGGAACGCGUCUGGCGCUCAAAACCUAUUGCAAUAAUCGAAAUGACAUCAAUGAUAAAGAAGUGUAUUGCGCGAAUCACGUGCCAAUCGCCGGACCACACGAGUUGCCGCUGUCGUCAUCGGGACCAUCGAAAAAUUCGACGACGGAGAAUAAUAAUCGAGUGAAAAAUGGGAAUUGGAUCGACGCCGGCUUGAAUGAUAUGAAAAUCGCGCAUGCGAUGAAAGCGACACAAGUGGCGAGACCCUAUCCGAAAAUUAGUCACGAAGGCGCGAAAUAUGUUGUGGACUACGACGCACAAACGCGAUUGGAGCUUUUGCAUCGAAAAGCCGAAGAUCAAUUGUAUGAAUCGUUUCAGAAUCGACGAACCGAGGAGAACGAGGAGUUUGAGAAAGAGAAUACGGAGGAAUGGGAGAAGGCUCUUGAGGAAUUCGCGAAGAAAUAUGAGCGCGGACAAGCGAACAUGAAAAAAGAUGAUCUUAUAAGGCAGUUGACGAUCAAACGCGAGAAGAAAUUGGAGACGCUUCACACGAAACGACGGGAGCGCGAGCGUCAUCAGACCGCUGAGCUUGUCGAUCGUCAGGCGAAAGAAAUGUUGGAGCUUUUCAAAGCGUCUCGCUCGGAAUACAACAAUGUUGAAUAUCCGUCGACACCGCCGCCGCCAAUGCCGCCGUCAUGCAGCAAACGCGAGAUCUACACCACCACAGAUUAUUUCUCGUCGAUUGAUGAGAUUGCGAUUCAUUGUGCUCGAAACGAGGUGGCCUCGUUCACCGAUUUGAUUCGAACGCUGUCGGCCGGCGCGCGAUCCGACGUCGAUGUGGCGAGAGCGAUUUAUCGAUGGAUCACGAUCAAAAAUUUGAAUACGAUGGUGUUUGACGAUUCGGUGCAGAAUGACACGCCGAUGGGAUUGUUGAGAGGCAUCAAAUAUGGAACGGAAAGCUAUCACGUUCUGUUUAAGCGGCUUUGCAGCUAUGCUGGAUUGCAUUGUGUUGUUAUCAAAGGGUUCUCGAAAUCGGCCGGAUACCAGCCCGGCUAUUCAUUCGACGAUCACCGAUUCCGGAAUACGUGGAACGCGGUGUUUCUGGAUGGCUCGUGGCGAUUUGUCCAAUGCAAUUGGGGCGCUCGGCAUCUUGUGAAUGCGAAAGAUGGAUCGCAAGAGGCGAAAACCGAUGGAAAUCUACGAUACGAAUAUGACGAUCAUUAUUUUAUGACGGAUCCCGAGGAAUUCAUCUACGAAUUCUUUCCCAGCGAUCCGGCGUGGCAACUGUUGCCAAGGCCGCUGACAUUGCUUCAAUUCGAGCGCAUUCCGUUCGUGCGUUCGUUGUUCUUCAAAUACAAUUUGUCGUUCACCGAUUCGAGACUCGAAUCGACGGUUUAUACGGACAAAACGGGAGCCUCGUCGAUAUCGAUUCGAUUGCCGCCGAAAGGCGAUUCGCUCAUAUUCCACUACAAUUUGAAAUUUUUCGAUUCCGAGGAGAACACGAUUAGCGGAAUGUCGCUGAAGCGUUUCGUUAUGCAAUCGGUGUCGGAUGAGGUGGUGACGUUUCGGGUUCACGCGCCCUCGACGCGGCCCCUACUAUUGGACAUUUUUGCGAAUUCGGUGUCGUCGGGCGCGUAUUUGACCGGACAGCCGAUCAAAUUCAAAUCGGUGUGCAAAUUCAAAGUGGUUUGCGAGAGCCUUCAAGUUAUCAUGGUCCCGUUGCCCGAGUGCGCUUCUGGCGAAUGGGGUCCGGCGAAAGCGACGAGACUAUUCGGAUUGUUGCCAAUCUCGCAUCCCGACGCGAUUAUCAAUACCGGAAGAUAUACGGAAAUUCGUUUUAGAAUGACGCGGCCAUUAUCGGAAUUUGUGGCGUCGCUUCAUCGGAAUCGAACGGACGAUCGCGCGUUGCAGAAUUGUACGAGGAGUAUGAUCAAAGGCGACAUGGUUUACAUUCAAAUCGAAUUUCCCGGCGAAGGCCAAUAUGGUGUCGACAUCUAUACGCGGCAAAAUGAUCAGCUGACGCCGAUUUUUGAGCACGUCGAUGAGAUAGGACUUGCGAGAAUGGUGGAAAUCAAGGCGCGAAACAAUAAUUCGAUAAGCGAAGUCGAGCUCGCGGUGAUUCGUCAAGUCGCUGAAGUCGUUGGUCCCGCGGCGAACGAGGAGAAAAUUUUGAGUUCAAUUCGGAACAUCCCCGGCGGGUGCCGGAACACGACCGAGUUUGUCACCGAGCUCGUCAACAGCCUCAUCGAUUUCGCGAAUCAGGAGCGUCCGAACGAUCUGAUGGAAGGCACAAGCGGUCACGUGAAUCAGGCGGCCGAAUUGAUGGACGUCGUCGAUGAGCCGCCGAAGCGCGAAAAGUUGGCGUUGCCGCCGUUGAUUCGCUCCGAGAAGUGCGGCGAGACGAAAACGGCGCAGGAGAAGGAGGAGAGCGAUUUGCAGCAAGCGCUUCACGAAUCGCUGUUGAUCCGCCCGGCGUUGUACACCUACUACAAGAGCUCGCUUCCGUCGAACCUCGAGACGAUCAUCCGCAAUCCGAACAUCUCGACGGGUUUGCACAACGUCGGCAACACGUGCUGGUUCAAUUGUGUCGCCCAAGUGCUCUACCAUUUGCCGAAGUGCCGCUCGUUGAUCUACCAUUGCGUGCCGCACAAAUGGAAAGAGUUCGAGCCGCGUCGAAUCACGCCCGACAACGUGACGACACGCGAUCUGCUCAUGUCGAUGCGGCGAUUGUUCGCCGAAAUGCAAUUCUCGCCGACGUCCUACAUCGACACGGCGCAUGUGUUAGAGAUAAUUGACGCGCUUACAAAAAAGAAUAGCGGAGAAUUAACGGUUCUUGGGCAGCAGCAGGACGCCACCGAAAGUUUGAUUCGAAUUUUCGAUUGGCUUGAGGAUGGCAUGAAAUGCGCGUUCAACGAACGCCUUCAUCCGACGCCGAUUGUUGAGGAAGACUAUAUUCCGGCGGACUCGCUUGAGAAUGCCCCGAACGCGGACCUCAUUGGCACACUGCCGCCGGCGUACGGUGCCGAGCAGCAGGGACCAUCGACGCAAAUCGUGCACAGUGUUCAAAGGCCGCAAGAAUCGAGGCCGAACUCGCCGGUGAAGUUGAAUGAGAACGGAAUUCCGAUACGUCGAGCGUUGUUCAAACCGGAUAACGCGUCGGUUGAUGAGAUGGAGGGUGUCGAGUCGAUGGAGGAGCCGCCGACGCUGACGCCGCACAAGGCGAAAAUUGUUGAAGUCGACGAGGAGGCGGUGAGCGACGAGGAGAAGGCGGCGGUUGAAGCGAUGAGAAAACAAAUGGAUGAGAUGUUUGAAGCGGUUUGCGUCUCGACGACACAAUCGGCUGGUGGCUCGAAACCGCCGUUGAUCAAAGAGAUUCGCAAUUGUCCGCAAUUUUUCCAUCUUCAGAUCUCCUAUGGCGAUUUGCACGACGCGCUCGAGGCGAGCACAUUCGACACGGGUCGCGAUUCGGCGCGCGUCGAGAAUUGGAUCGAGAAGCUGCCGGUGGCGAUAUUCAUGGGAUUGUCGAGAUUCGGCUACAACAAUGGAAUGCCCGAGAAGAUCCACAAUCGCUUCAGCUUCCCCAAAACACUCUAUAUGGAUCGAUAUAUGAAACAAAAUGAGACGCUCGUUUCACAAUUGCGGAAUCGACGCGCCGAGCUGCGCACGAAUUUGGCGCAGACGAAAGCGCUAUUGCGAGGCCUUCGCGAAUACCCGCAUGCCGAGAAUCAAUCGGUUCGGGUUGUCGAUGUGAUGAACACGGUCUCGAAUAUUCUCACCAACAAAUUUUUGCAAGAGACGUGCGCGGCGGAGCCGUCGAACGAUUCGCCGGUUUUUGGUCCCGAGACGAAUUCGUGGGCUUCGAAUUGUUCGUCGCACGAGUCGUCGUUUGUGCCGAAUAUUGGGAAACGAUUCCCACAAAUUCGAUCUGAUCGAUUCGCGGGAUUGGAUGAUGCUCGCCGAUUGAUUCAGGAUGUCAUUGCGAAUAUGGCGAACGAUGAGCAGGAUCUUGUCGAGACCGAAGCGCAUCUUGAGAAGGCGAUUCGCGAUAUUUAUGAGACUGCCGACCUUCAUCAUUUCGAGUACGAGCUUCACGCGGCCAUCAUUCAUCUCGGCGAAGCGAAUCGCGGCCACUAUUGGACAUAUUCGUUGAGCGGAUUCGACGACGAGCAAUGGGAGUUGCUCAACGACAAGAAGGUCGAGCUUGUGCCGUGGAGCAAAGUUGAGCUCGACGCGUUUGGCAACGGAUCGCCGAGCUCGCCGUCGGCGUAUUGUUUGCUCUAUGUGCGGACCGACGCCAAAUGGCUAAUGGAUCCCGACAUGGUGACGCGCGAGGAAGCGCUAUCGACGCUGCCCGACGAUCUUCGCGAGAUGGUCGAAUCGAAGUGUGACGACUUCAAAGCGGCGCUGAGCAGAUUUCGAGAGGAGCGUGAAAAAGAGGCCGCUUCGCUCAACGCCGAGAAUGCCGCCGCCGCCGCCGCCGCCGCCGCGCAAAAUGAUGAAGCGGGCGUUUCUGCGACGCGCUACGCCAACACCGACGACGAGUUUGAAGCGUCGGAGAGAAGCGAUGACUCGUCGAUUGGAGGGGGACGAUUGAUCUAUGAGACGGAGCCAUUGGUGCGACGAAUGGAACGCUGCACCGAAGCGCUCAGCGAGAUGCCGAAUGCGCGAUUCAAUCCAAUAUUUCGACAAUUGCCAAAAAUGAAUCAAGGAUUGUGGUUCACGGUGCGCUCGAUCAAACCCGACGCGUUCCACGAUCAGAACGAUGUGCUUCGAUCGCAAUUGCAGCAGGUCAUGCAUUUGUGCGGCUAUCAAAUGCUUCAGAGCAUCAUAAAAUACGAUCCGAUGACACUUCAGCAUCACGCCGAGAACGACAUCGAGAACGGCUACAACGAGUUCAUUCAAAAGUUUAUGGUGAUGAAUCAGGAGCGCGUCGCGCAAUGCAUGUACCCGUCGAAUAUUCUCGCGUUCGUCGGCACCAAUUUGAGCGAGCUUGAUUGCAAGACGGUGAGAUAUCUGCUCGUUGGCGCGUUGUCGGUAUGCAAAAUUCAACCGUUGGCUGAGAGAGCUCUCAUUGAGCUCGACGACUAUCAAGGAAGUCCCGAUUUUGACUAUGUUGACACAAUUGCCAAGUGGCUCGCCAUGAUCUACGAGCUCAUACUGACAUCGUUGUGGGGAAAUCGUGUGGCGUACGACAUGUUCGCCGAAUCGAAGCGUGAUCCGAAGAGGACAAUCGAGUACGCCUAUCGCGGAAUGCGAACGGCGCGUUUGGCGCGCUACUGCCAUCAGACGGUGUAUUAUAGUCUCGGCCAAAUCGGCAAAUCGGAGAGCCUCAUUUGGGUUGAUGUGGUGCUGGUGGCGACGGCGUUGCCGUUAUUGCUCAUCAGCAAAGAAGUCCUCCAUCGUUUGGUGCAUUACGGGCGAAAACUCGACGAGUUGUCGUUUUUCUGCGUCGAUCAGAAUCGCACGGUGGUUUGGGGUGACGUCGUCGACGCGAUGAUCGACGCGAUCUACGCGAUGCGUCGAUUCGUCGCCAAUCCGCGAGGACAAGACAAAUUAGUGCAGAGGAGCAACUCGAUGAUGUACGAGCAAAUGGUGGCGUUGUUUGAGUUGGUCCCGUCGCUCGCGCAGGUCUCCGGUGUGCCCGAGAAGCAGAAUGUUGCCAAGAGAAUUGAAAACGCAUUGAAAAUGGAUCGAUUGGAGAAUGAGACGAUUCCGAACUCGAUGGAAACGCAUUCGUUGGGAAUCGAUGAGGAAAUGAAGAGGAUCAGCUGCCAUAUUGAGCGUCUGACGGGCAGCAAGUCGACGAUUGACGCGGUGUUUGAAGGCGAGCUCAACGAGAUGCGCAACAUUUUCAGCACCUCUUUAAGCUAG